AUGGAUAUGGCAAUGGCCAGGGUUCCAAUUAUCGGAAUAAAUGAUUCUGGUGGAGCCAGAACUCAAGAAGGAGUAAAUUCUCUUGCUGGUUAUGGAGAAGUUUUCCAAAGCAACGUAAAUGCAUCGGGCGUUAUACCACAAAUCUCUUUAAUUAUGGGUCCAUGUGCAGGAGGGGCUGUUUAUUCUCCAGCAUUAACUGAUUUUACUUUCAUGGUAAAGAAUAGUUCAUACAUGUUUAUAACCAGACCAGAUGUAGUAAAAAAGGUUACCUAUGAAGAUGUAAGCUUCGAAGACCUCGGUGGAGCAAAAAUGCAUACAAGCAAAACAGGAGUGGCAGAUUUUGCAUUCAAUAAUGAUGUUGAGAUGCUACUCAAAAUGCGUGAAUUCCUUACGUUUUUACCAGCAAAUAAUCAAGAACCACCGAAAUCUGUACCAACCUGUAAUGAUGUUAAUGAGAUUGAUGAAUCCUUAAACACUCUAGUUCCUAACAAUACUAACACUCCUUAUGACAUGUAUGAACUCAUUGAAAAAGUUUGUGAUGAGAAGAAAUUCUUUGAACUAAAACCUGAUUUUGCUCGUAACAUUAUAAUUGGUUUUAGUAGAAUUGGAGGAAAUACUGUUGGUAUUGUUGCAAAUCAACCCAUGCACCUUGCAGGAUGUUUGGAUAUUGAUUCUUCAAGAAAAGCUGCAAGAUUUGUAAGGUUUUGUGACGCAUUUAACAUUCCUAUCAUCACACUUAUUGAUAUUCCGGGGUUUUGUGUUUGGUACAAAUCAAGAAUACAAUAA